UUAAGAAAACAUAUUCUUUUGUUUAUUUAAUUAUGUUGCUACAUUUUACAAUUUAAAAAUGGAAUGUGAAAGCAGUUUGGAAGAUCUUUUGUUUUUAAUUUGUUAGCGAAUAGUGGCGCAAAAUAUGAACAAAUUGGUGGGUAGUCGCACAUAUAAUUUAUUAAUUGCUCACGUAUUACCUCCGCAACUGCCUUUCUGCUACCGACACUGGCAUCGCACGUGUUUCGCAUCGCCAAAAUGGACCGGGAAAAGGAAAAUUCCGACCAGGACAACAAUUAUCCAGUCCUAUUGCUGCCGAAACGGUGCACAUCAUUGGAAACUAAUUGUGAGGUGACGGAUAAUGUGUAUAUAGACUUGAACAUCACCUCACCAGACACUGAAGGUAACGAGACAUGCAUCUACUCCGGCUUUUGCAACGUUAAACUUGUAGACAGUUACAAUGUUAAUUUGGAGCACAAUGACGAUAUAGUACAUGACUCUCCACCAAUGAAGGACAAUCAGACAUUUCCCACUUACAACCAGUCGCAAGUCUGGAUCGAUCCAGUCAGGAGUCCGUACGUAUACAACCAUUACGAUGGUAAGAUGCAAGAACGGUACUCCAUACGCCAAGAAACUCACACAGGGAACAUAAGGGUGGAACAGCACAACACUUACAUAACUCAAAAUGUCUACAACUGCACUGAGAAUGUACAAAUCUCACCAGACUUUGAACACAAAAAAUUCAGGAAGCACAACAACUCGCAGAGUCCUGAUCAGAACUAUAACUUGUACGAAGAAGAUGAGUUUGAGUGCGGAGUGUUUCUGUCUCAGUUGUCUGAGGAGAUUAUAAAUGAGAAAGAGAAUAGGGCUAGAGAGGAACGGAGGUUCAUAGGGCUCCAGAGUGAGAAUAAUGCUUUGAAACAGUUGAUGUCCAGUGAUAUACAAUCGGUGACAAAGCAACGGAAGACUAUAUUGUUUCUAGGUCAUGAUUCCCAGUCCGGUCAGACCAUACAGAAUAUAUCUAUGAAUGAUCCGUCACUGGAGUGCAUUGGGAAUGGAGAGAUUGAUCAUGAAGUUAUUAUUGAAGAUUCAUCAACAUCAUCAUCUAAUCCAAACCAGAAGAAAUACCAGUGCGACAAAUGUAAACAAAUAUUUGAUCAAAUAUCAACAUUCAAACAACACAUGGUGAGCACACACAAACACGUUUACGACAUCCAUUCCAGACCAAUAGGCGACGUGAAAUACAUGUGUAGCGAUUGUGGGAAGAACCUAAAGAACCAGGAGAAGUUCGAACUGCACUGCAUGGGGCACGGAAACCCGGAACUAGAAUGUAACAAAUGCCACAAAGUGUUCGCUUCAAAAUUCACUUUACGCACUCACCGUAAGAUCCAUAAUCGGAAAUACCCUUGCACGUACUGCACCCGAUCCUAUGCUACCUCCGAAGAACUGAGGCUGCAUGUAUCCAAAAUCCAUUUUGUGUUCAUGUGCAACAAUUGUCCUUAUACUGCUAAUAAAUAUUCCGAACUAAUGAUCCACUGCGCAAUUCACAAAGACUUCAAAAUCAAGGAGUCCAGCGAAACUGAUUUUGCUGAGUCAUUGACUGAGGAUUUGAGUGAAUCCGACAUAAUUGCUUCAUCACCUGAAGAGACUUUACUGCAGGAGAGGGAAGAGGAAACUGACGUGAAAAGGGACAUGGCUGAAGAGGCGGAUUCAGUGAUCGCGAAGGUCAUGUCCAAUAAGAUGUUCCUCUUGCAUGCUAAGAAGGCGCGGAGACAUCGCAAAUAUAAUAAAGUCUGCGAAGUCUGCCUGAAAACUUUUGAUAGAAUUGGCGACUUGAAACGACAUCUCAUAGAACACGUUAUACGAAGCACCUUAGCCAAGACCCCAGUCGGCAAAGACGGGACCCUGAGUAUCCAAUGCGAGGUCUGCCAAGCGGAGACCUUCACCAGAAUAGACAGGUACAAAGCACAUCUUAGAGAACACGCCAAAUUAACUUUAUACAAAUGUACGUUCUGCGACAAAUCCUUCAGCGAUUCCAGCAACUUCUCUAAACAUAAAAAGAUUCAUGGUACAACGUACUUUCAAUGCGAUUUAUGUUUAAGAAAGUUUAACUCCAAAAAGAUGAUCACUCAACACAUGGAAUACCAUAACAAACAUUCGCCUAUGAAAUGCAAGUAUUGCGGGAAGCUAUACCACUUUGAAUCUAUGCUUAACAAGCAUAUUAAAUGCACUCAUGCUAAGGAACUAUACACGAAGUUCAAGUGCAGGUUUUGCCACGAGUACUACAAAACUUUGAAGGAGAAAUGGGACCAUGAAUGGACCAUACACAAUGUGAGAAAAAUGGUCGUGGAUUGCUUGGUGUGUGGCAUGAAGUUUAGGAAGUAUUCUGAGCUUAAACGUCAUUGUUAUGAUGAUCAUGAUAUGGAAAUACCUCCGGCGAAAAAACUGAUGAACAGGCUUGAAUAAGAAGGCUGGACCUUCAUAACACACCUACUUAGCCCCAAUUCUGUGUAUAUCUCAUUAUGACCUGUAUCAGUAAUUCCUUAUUUCGUAAUUACCUUCCAUGGGGUUUCUAACACAAAAUAUAUGCCUUAUGAUCCAGGAAGAAACAAAGUAUUUAAGAUUAUGAAAUCGUUAUAGGUUAUUGUUUUUAGUUUAAAUCGUGUGAUUUUUAAGACUGAUAUUUAGAUCAAACAGCCACCUUUUAUAGGGGCCUAUCUAUAAGUAUUUUUAUUCAUACUUUUAUACACAAAACUAUAAGUAAAUCUAUUGAGAAAAAGAUGUACACUGUACAUGUAUUGUUUUAGUAAUAAGAUAGGUAUUUACUAUUUACAUGUUAUAUUAUUAUAGGAUAAUCAAAAUACAUUUACAAUAUUAUAGAACGCAAGCGACCGUAAAUAUUAGGUUCAAUAAGUAAUUCUAUCUCUUUCAUAAUUUCAUAUUAUUGGCUUAGGUCCGUGCUAACCUUACUUCCAGAUAGGAGAUAUUUAAAAUAUAAAAAUAAUAACCAUACAUUCAGUACUUAAUGUCAGUACUUACAAAAAAAACUAUAUUAAAGUUUGUAUAGUCGUCUGUAACAGGAUAUUUAAUUUGUUUAUGAAUAUUUAAUCAUAUUCUUGUAUACACAAUGGAAAGGAUGAUGCGUUUUUACUGCCGAUUUCUCAUCAACGAUCUCCGACAAAAAUCGGUCGUCCGAUAGAAAUAAUCGGUCCUCUGCGUUCGACGUGGAUUGUAAAAUUAAUAAGGGAAGGUUGUGCUGAUUUUAUAAGAUCCAAACAUGACAGAAAUAUAAGUAUUUUAUAUAUUAUCAAAAAAAUAUUUUAUGCUUUAAGUUUUUGAUUUGGUUCCUUAGUUUUUUUUAUUUAGGUAUGAUAUAUUUAUUUUCAUAUACAUACAUAUAAACACUACUUUUUUAUACGCAAGUACAAAAGUAUAAUGAUUUAGAUUACUUAAGAUUCUUAAAUCAAAGUUUUCGAGAAAAAAAUAUUUUAUUAAUGAUCUCAACGUAAAGUUUUGUAUUCUUUG